AUGGCGGCGAACUUGCCGAUAAAGUUCGAAGAGAACUUGAAUUUAAUAAACAUCGGGAUAAAUGCGGCCAAUGUCGGGUUCACGAAUCUCACCAUGGAGUCCGAAAAGUUCAUUUGCGUCCGCGAACAGGUUGGAGAUCAAAGUCAAGUCGUCAUUAUCGACAUGGCAGAUCCACAGAAUCCAAUCCGACGUCCCAUCACGGCAGAUAAUGCCAUCAUGAACCCCGUUAGUAAAAUCAUCGCUCUCAAAGCCGGCAAAACUCUUCAAAUUUUUAAUAUGGAACUCAAAGCAAAAAUGAAAGCACAUAAUAUGACAGAAGAGGUCGUCUUUUGGAAGUGGAUCACGCCGAGUAUUGUCGGUCUUGCCACAGAUCAAGCGUGUUAUCACUGGUCAAUCGAAGGCGAAUCCGCGCCAGUUAAAGUGUUCGACAGACAUGGCUCCCUUCAAGGCUGCCAGAUCAUCAACUACAGAGCUUCCGCAGAUCUGAAAUGGCUCUUGCUCGUUGGAAUCAGUGCCGUUGGUGGUGCAGUCAAAGGAGCAAUGCAGCUGUACUCAGUCGAUCGUAAAGUUAGUCAACCCAUCGAAGGUCACGCGGCUGCUUUCACUCAAUUCAAAGCCGAAGGAAACAACGCAGAAUCCAAUCUUUUCUGUUUCUCUGUUCGUGGCCCCGCUGGAGGCAAGCUUCACAUCAUCGAAGUUGGCUCACCUGCAGCAGGAAACCAACCCUUCGCCAAGCGACAAGCUGAUGUUUUCUUCCCAGCUGAAGCUGCCAAUGACUUCCCAGUCGCUAUGCAAGUGUCGAAGAAGCACGGUGUUAUCUACCUUGUCACAAAAUAUGGAUACAUCCACAUGUACGAUGUCGAGACCGGAAUCUGCAUCUUCAUGAACAGAAUCUCAAGCGAUACCAUCUUCGUUACCGUACCUCAAGAGUCGACUGGUGGUAUGAUGGGAGUCAACCGAAAGGGACAAGUCCUUGCCGUUACUAUCGAUGAGUCUAACAUCGUUCAAUACUGCCAGGGUCAGCUGAACAACCAUGACUUGGCUUUGAAAAUUGCUACUCGAUGUGACCUUGGCGGCGCUGAUGAUCUCUUCAUCAAAAAGUUCCAGCUUCUCUUUCAACAAGGGGCGUACACUGACGCCGCCAAAGUGGCCGCCAAAGCCCCUCGUGGUGUUCUCAGAACUACUCAAGUUAUCCAGCAAUUUCAACAAGUUCCAACUCAGCCAGGACAGACCUCACCACUUCUUCAAUAUUUCGGUAUUCUCUUGGAUGCUGGCAAGCUUAACAAAGUCGAAACAAUGGAACUCUGCCGACCGGUCCUUGCCCAGGGCCGAAAGCAGCUCAUUGAAAAAUGGCUAAAGGAAGACAAACUCGAAUGCUCCGAAGAACUUGGUGACCUUGUAAAGCCGACCGACGCCACUCUCGGGCUCUCCAUUUACCUCCGAGCCAACGCACCUAACAAAGUCGUCAGCUGCUUCGCUGAAACUGGCCAAUUCGACAAGAUUGUUCAAUAUUCCCAGAAAGUUGGCUUCACGCCCGAUUACAUCUUCCUUCUGCGACAUAUCAUGCGUAUGAAUCCUGAUCAGGGCACCAAGUUCGCUCAAUCCCUCGUCGCUGAUGAUGAGCCUUUGGCUGAUAUUUCGCAGAUCGUUGACGUUUUCUCUGAAUUCCGACUUGUCCAACAGUGCACUGCUUUCCUCUUGGAUGGUCUCAAGAACAACCGACCCUCAGAAGGACACCUCCAGACGAAGCUUCUUGAAAUGAACCUGAUGGGUGGAACUCAGCAAGUCGCUGACGCUAUUCUUGGUAACCAAGUUUUCUCUCACUACGAUCGACCUUACAUUGCCCAACUUUGCGAAAAGGCUGGCCUUCUUCAGCGAGCUCUUGAGCACUACACUGAUCUCUACGAUAUCAAGCGAGCAAUCAUUCACACCCAUCUUCUCCAGCCCGACUGGCUCGUCCAGUACUUCGGAAAUCUCUCUGUCGAAGACUCUCUCGAGUGCUUGAAGGCGAUGCUCACUGCCAACAUUCGCGUUAACUUGUCACUUGUUGUCAAGGUUGCCGGAAAAUACCACGAACAGCUCGGCGCUGAUAAGCUCAUUGCCAUCUUUGAAUCAUUCAAGUCUUACGAAGGUCUUUUCUACUUCCUCGGAGCCGUGGUCAACUUCAGCCAGGACCCCGAAGUCCAUUUCAAAUUCAUUGAAGCCGCCGUCAAGACCAACCAAAUCAAGGAAGUCGAGCGAAUCUGCCGAGAAUCUAACUGCUACGAGCCUGAAAAAGUCAAGAACUUCUUGAAAGAGCAGAAAAUGUCUGACCAACUUCCUUUGAUCAUCGUCUGCGAUCGAUUCGACUUCGUCCACGACUUGGUUCUCCAUCUUUACAGAAAUAAUCUCCAGAAGUACAUCGAGAUCUACGUCCAGAAAGUUAACCCAUCUCGACUCCCUCAGGUCAUUGGUGGCCUUUUGGAUGUCGAUUGCGAGCCAGAUGUGAUCAAGAGCCUCAUCAUGGUUGUCCGAGGUCAGUUUUCUACUGAUGACCUUGUCGCCGAAGUCGAGCAACGAAACCGCUUGAAGCUUCUCCUCCCAUGGCUUGAGUCGCGAAUUGCUGAAGGCUGCCAAGAACCCGCCACUCACAAUGCUUUGGCCAAGAUCUACAUUGAUGCCAACAACAACCCUGAGCGAUUCCUCCGCGAGAACCCCUUCUAUGACUCCGCUGUUGUCGGUAAAUACUGCGAAAAGCGAGAUCCUCAUCUCGCAUGCGUUGCGUACGAGCGUGGAAUGUGCGACGAUGAACUCAUCAAGGUCUGCAACGAAAACUCAUUGUUCAAGAACGAAGCGCGUUACCUUGUCCGAAGAAAAGAUCCCGAGCUCUGGGGAAAGGUCCUUGUUGACGAUAACCCACACAGACGAUCUGUCAUCGAUCAAGUCGUCCAGACCGCUCUCGGUGAGGCUCAGGAUCCUGAUGAGAUCUCCGUGACUGUCAAGAGCUUCAUGGAAGCUGACUUGCCAAACGAGCUGAUCGAGCUUUUGGAAAAGGUCGUUCUCGAAAACUCCGUCUUCUCCGACCAUCGAAACUUGCAGAACUUGCUCAUCCUCACUGCUGUCAAGGCUGACACUACCCGCGUUAUGGACUACAUCUCUCGACUUGACAACUACGAUGCCCCAGAUAUUGCUGAAAUCUGUAUCAACAAUGAGCUCUAUGAGGAAGCAUUCGCUAUCUUCAAGAAGUUCGACGCCACGACUUCUGCCAUGGAAGUCUUGAUCAACAAUGUCAAGAAUCUCGAUCGAGCUUACGAAUUCGCCGAACGCAUUUCAACUCCUGAAGUUUGGAGCCUCCUCGGUAAAGCUCAACUCGUUGAGAACCUCGUAAAAGAAGCCAUCGACUCCUUCAUCAAGGCUGAUGAUCCUUCUGCUUACAUGGAAGUCGUUGAUGCUGCUCAUCGAAACUCUGAAUUUGAUGAUCUUGUGAAGUUCCUUCAGAUGGCCCGAAAGAAGACCCGAGAAGCUUACGUUGAAACCGAGCUCUGCUACGCGUUCGCAAAGACGAAUAGACUCGCUGAGCUUGAAGAGUUCAUCGCCACUUCCAACAACGCUAAUGUCCAGCAGAUCGGUGAUCGAUGCUAUGAUCAAGAGAUGUACCAGGCUGCCAAGGUCCUAUACGCCAGCAUUUCCAACUUCGCUAGACUUGCUUCUACUCUCGUCAAACUUGGAGAGUAUCAGGCUGCUGUCGAGGCUGCCAAGAAGGCCAAUUCAACCCGAACAUGGAAGGAAGUCUGCUUUUCUUGCGUCGAAAAUGGCGAGUUCCGACUUGCUCAACUCUGUGGCCUCAACAUCGUUGUCCAUGCUGACGAACUCGAUGAUCUUAUCAGCUACUACCAGGAUCGUGGAUUCUUUGAGGAGCUCAUCACCAUGCUCGAAGGCGCCCUCGGACUCGAACGUGCUCACAUGGGCAUGUUUACCGAGCUUGCUAUUCUUUACUCCAAGUACAAGCCUGAGAAGAUGAAGGAGCACCUCGAGCUCUUCUGGUCUCGUGUCAAUAUUCCCAAGGUCCUCCGAGCUGCCGAGACUGCACACUUGUGGGCCGAGCUUGUUUUCCUCUACGACAAGUACGAGGAGUACGACAACGCCAUCUUGACAAUGAUGAAGCACCCAACUGUCGCAUGGAAAGAGGGACUCUUCAAGGACAUCAUCACCAAGGUCGCCAACAUCGAGCUUUACUACAAGGCUCUCCAGUUCUACAUCGACUUCAAGCCUCUUCUUAUCAACGACUUGCUCAAUGCUCUUAGCCCACGAAUCGACCACACCCGAACUGUUUGCUUCUUUAAAAAGAUGAACCAGCUUGCUCUUGUCAAGCCUUACCUCCGAGCUUCCCAAGGUAUCAACAACAAGGCCGUCAACGAGGCAUUGUCCGACCUUUUCAUCGAAGAAGAAGAUCACCAGGCUCUCCGAACUUCCAUCGACUCCUAUGAUGCCUUUGAUGCUAUUGGCCUUGCUCUUCGACUUGAAAAGCACGAACUCCUCGAAUUCAGACGUAUAGCUGCUUACCUUUACAAGAAGAACAACAGAUGGCAGCAAUCUGUCGAGCUUUGCAAGAAGGACGAUCUUUUCAAAGACGCAAUGGAGUACGCUGCCGAGAGCCGUGAUACCGAACUUGUGGAAGAACUCGCCAACUGGUUCCUCAAAAAGGGUCGACAUGAUUGUUAUGCUGCCUGCCUUUACACCUGUUACGACCUCAUGCGACCCGACGUUGUUCUCGAACAAUCGUGGAGAAACGGAAUCCAGGACUUUGCCAUGCCUUACUUUAUCCAGACUCUUCGUGAAAUGACCCUCCGAAUCGAAACCCUGGAAAAUGCAGAAAAGAAUAGGACGACGAAAGAGGUCGAAAAAGCCGAAGAGCCCGAGCAGCCGAUGAUCAUGGCGCCUCAGCUCAUGUUGGCGAACUCUGCACAUAUGCCCGGCAUGGCAGGAGCACCGAAUCCAUUCGGUCAACCUGGCAUGGGCGGUAUGGGACAGCCUGGUAUGCAAAACGGCAUGGGCAUGGGUGGCAUGCCAAACCAAUUCGGUGGAAUGCCUGGACAAUUCUAA